AUUUUUUUUUUCUCUUAAACCUUAAAACUCUACUUUUUUCCCCCAAUUUUUUCAGAAACAAAACCCCAUUAAAGGGAAGUUCAAAAAUAUAUUUUUAGAAUCUUUUAUUGUUAGAACAAAGUUGAAGUAAAGUUGAAAUUGUACAGAAAUUGGGUUGAAUUCUUAAAGAAAUCUGUAUUGGGUUGAUCAGAAGCUGAUUGUAGUAAAAUGGCUGCUUCAGUUAGCUUAGGGGCGGGAUCACUUGUUUGGGUGCAAGAUCCUGAUGUAGCCUGGAUAGAUGGGGAAGUUUUAGAGGUCAAUGGUGCAGACAUCAAGGUUUCUUGUACUUCUGGGAAAACGGUGGUUGUUAAGUCUUGUAACCUCUACCCUAAAGAUGCUGAAGCUCCACCUAGUGGUGUUGAUGAUAUGACAAAGCUUGCUUAUUUGCACGAACCAGGAGUUCUGCACAAUUUAAAGACUAGAUAUGAUAUUAAUGAAAUAUAUACAUAUACGGGGAAUAUACUAAUAGCGGUCAACCCUUUUAGAAGAUUACCUCACUUAUAUGAUAGCCAUAUGAUGGCCCAAUAUAAAGGUGCCGCAUUUGGAGAGCUGAGCCCUCAUCCUUUUGCUGUUGCAGAUGCAGCAUACAGACUUAUGAUCAAUGAAGGAGUAAGUCAAUCAAUAUUGGUAAGCGGGGAGAGUGGGGCUGGUAAAACAGAAAGCACGAAGCAGCUAAUGCGCUAUCUUGCUUACAUGGGAGGCAGAGCUGAAGCUGAGGGUAGAACAGUUGAGCAGCAAGUCCUGGAGUCAAAUCCUGUUCUGGAAGCAUUUGGUAAUGCAAAGACUGUCAGAAACAAUAACUCAAGUCGAUUUGGCAAGUUUGUGGAGAUCCAGUUUGACCAGAGAGGAAGGAUUUCAGGAGCCGCUAUCAGAACAUAUUUACUGGAAAGAUCUCGUGUUUGCCAAGUUUCUGAUCCAGAGAGAAAUUAUCACUGUUUCUACAUGAUUUGUGCUGCACCACCAAAGGAUAUUCAAAGGUACAAGUUGGAUAACCCUCAGUCAUUUCAUUAUCUAAAUCAAUCAAAUUGCUAUCAGCUAGAUGGGGUUGAUGAUUCAAAAGAAUACCUAGCUACUAGAAGGGCAAUGGAUGUUGUAGGAAUAAGUUCGGAAGAGCAGGAUGCAAUAUUUCGAGUAGUGGCUGCAAUUCUCCAUCUUGGAAACAUUGAAUUUACAAAGGGGAAGGAGAUGGACUCCUCAGCUCCCAAAGAUGAAAAAUCUUGGUUUCAUCUGAGAACUGCUGCUGAUCUGUUCAUGUGUGACAUGAAGGCUCUUGAGGAUUCACUUUGCAAACGUGUUAUUGUAACACGUGGUGAAACCAUCACCAAAUGGCUGGAUCCAGAAGCAGCAGCUAUCAGUAGAGAUGCUUUGGCAAAAGUAGUAUACUCAAGAUUGUUUGAUUGGCUGGUAGAUAAGAUUAAUAAUUCAAUUGGUCAAGAUCCAAAUUCGAAAUCUUUGAUUGGUGUGCUGGAUAUAUAUGGAUUUGAGAGUUUCAAGACUAACAGCUUUGAACAAUUCUGUAUCAAUUUGACCAAUGAGAAACUGCAGCAACACUUCAAUCAGCAUGUUUUCAAAAUGGAACAAGAAGAGUAUACAAGAGAAGAAAUUGACUGGAGCUACAUUGAGUUCAUUGAUAAUAAAGAUAUUCUGGAACUAAUAGAAAAGAAACCAGGAGGUAUUAUAGCACUCCUUGAUGAAGCUUGUAUGUUUCCAAGAUCAACUCAUGAAACGUUUGCACAGAAGCUCUAUCAGACUUUCCAAAACCAUAAACGAUUCAGCAAGCCCAAGUUGGCUCGUUCUGACUUCACUAUUUGCCAUUAUGCUGGUGAUGUCACAUAUCAAACAGAAUUGUUUCUGGAUAAAAACAAAGACUACGUUGUUGCUGAACAUCAGGCACUCCUGAGAGCUUCAAAGUGUUCUUUUGCAUCUAGUUUGUUUCCAAAAUCAGUGGAAGAAUCCUCAAAACAGUCAAAGUUCUCUUCUAUUGGUUCUAGCUUCAAGCAACAACUGCAGUCUUUGCUUGAAACUCUGAAUGCAACUGAACCCCAUUAUAUUCGAUGUGUGAAGCCAAAUAAUCUGCUAAAGCCCUCUAUCUUCGAGAAUCACAAUGUUCUGCAACAGCUGUGCUGUGGGGGAGUGAUGGAAGCAAUAAGAAUAAGCUGUGCUGGAUAUCCUACUCGGAAACCCUUUUAUGAAUUUUUAGAUCGCUUUGGCAUCCUUUCGCCUGAAGUUUUAGAUGGAAGUACGGACGAGGUCACUGCAUGCACACGCCUUUUAGAGAAAGUCGGCCUUCAAGGAUAUCAGAUUGGUAAAACAAAAGUGUUUCUAAGGGCUGGGCAGAUGGCAGAGCUAGACAGUCGCAGGACAGAGGUGUUAGGGAGAUCGGCGAGCAUCAUUCAGAGGAAAGUUCGUUCUCACAUGGCUCGAAGAAAUUUUACAUUAUUACGUCAGUUGGCAAGAAGGAUACAAUCGAUGUGCAGAGGAGAACUUGCUCGGCGUGUAUAUGAGAGCUUGCGGAGAGAAGCAGCUUGUCUGAAGAUCCAGACAGACAUGCGCAUGCAUCUUGCUAGGAAGGGUUACAAAGAAUUGUGCUCUGCUGCCAUUUCAAUUCAGACAGGAAUGCGUGGGAUGGCUGCACGCAAUGAAGUACGAUUCAGGAGGCAGACAAAAGCUGCCAUUAUCAUUCAGAGUCAUUCUCGUGCAUUCUUGGCCCGGUUGAAAUACAAGAAACUCAAGAAAGCUGCUAUUACCACUCAAUGUGCUUGGAGAGCUAGAGUCGCUCGUGGGGAACUACGGAAACUUAAGAUGGCUGCAAGGGAGACUGGUGCGCUUCAAGCUGCAAAGAAUAAAUUAGAGAAGCAAGUUGAAGAAUUAACUUGGAGACUACAACUGGAGAAACGCAUGAGGGCUGACAUGGAAGAAGCAAAAACACAAGAAAAUGCAAAACUGCAAUCAGCUUUGCAAGAAGUUCAACUACAGUUCAAGGAAACACAAGAAAUGUUUGUCAAAGAACGUGAAACUACAAAAAGGGCGGCAGAGGAAGUUCCUAUUAUGCAGGAAGUUCCUGUUGUUGAUCAUGAAAUGAUGAACAAACUUAGUGUUGAAAAUGAGAAACUAAAGUCUUUGGUAAGCUCUCUAGAACAGAAGAUUGAUGAGACAGAAAAAAAGUACGAAGAGACAAGCAAACUUAGUGAGGAGAGGUUGAGGCAGGUGUUGGAUGCAGAGUCUAUAAUUGUUCAGUUGAAGACUACUAUGCAAAGGUUCCAGGAAAGGAAUUUUGAUUUGGAAUCUGAGAACCAGAUUCUUCAGCAAUCUCUGUUAGCCCCUGCCAAGCAGGUUUCAGAUCAUUCACCUAGUCUGUCUUCCAAGGUGCAGAUAGAAGAAAAUGGCUACCACCUCAAAGAAGAAACUAGAACCAAUGAUCCACCAGGUUCAACACCUGCUAAAAAAGUUGAAACCCCUAAUAGCAAGUCAAGGAAACCUCCUAUUGACCGACAACGUGAAGACAUUGGUGCACUCAUUGACUGUGUGAUGAAGGAUGUUGGAUUCAGUCAAAGCAAGCCUGUUGCAGCUUUUACCAUCUACAAAUGUCUUCUUCACUGGAAAUCUUUUGAAGCAGAAAAGACUAGCGUGUUUGAUCGUUUAGUGCAGAUGAUUGGUUCUGCCAUUGAGAAUCAAGAUAGUGAUGACCACAUGGCAUACUGGCUGUCAAAUACCUCAACAUUGUUAUUGUUAAUCCAAAAAAGCCUGAAGCCAGACAGUGCAGUUGGUGCGACUCCUACCCGUAAACCACAGCCUGCAACAUCCCUGUUUGGGAGAAUGACAUUGGGAUUUCGCUCGUCCUCUUCUGACAUCAAUCUUGCUGGAGUAGUGCACCAGGUUCAAGCAAAAUACCCAGCUCUGCUUUUCAAACAGCAGCUUACAGCAUAUGUUGAGAAAAUGUAUGGAAUUAUUCGUGAUAACUUGAAGAAGGAGUUAGGGUCACUUCUUUCCUUAUGUAUCCAGGCACCAAGGACCUCCAAAGGAAGUGUGCUAAAGUCUGGUCGAUCCUUUGGCAAAGAUUAUUCAAUAAAUCACUGGCGAGGGAUAAUUGAAUGCCUUGAUUCUCUUCUCUGUACUUUGAAAGAAAACUUUAUGCCUCCGAUUCUUGUUCAGAAGAUAUUUAGUCAAGCCUUUUCAUACAUGAAUGUACAGCUCUUUAACAGUUUUCUUCUUCGCCGGGAGUGUUGUACAUUCAGUAAUGCAGAAUAUGUUAAAUCUGGCUUGGCUGAGCUAGAGCUGUGGUGCUCCCAAGCAAAGGAAGAGUAUGCUGGCUCAUCCUGGGAUGAACUCAGACAUAUACGACAAGUUGUUGGAUUCUUGGUUAUACAUCAGAAGUACAGAAUUUCGUAUGAUGAUAUCACUAAUGAUUUGUGUCCUGUUCUCAGUGUCCAGCAACUUUACAGAGUAUGUACUCUUUACUGGGAUGACAAAUACAAUACACGAAGUGUCUCCCCAGAUGUCAUAUCUAACAUGAGGGUACUUAUGACAGAGGACUCGAACGAUGCCAAGAGCAACUCUUUUUUGUUAGAUGAUAACCCAAGCAUCCCAUUCUCAAUUGAAGAAGUUUCAAAUUCACUUCAAGUCAAGGAUUUCGCAGAUGUCAAACCUGCAACCAAACUUCUUGAGAAUCCAGCCUUCCAAUUUUUACAUGAGUGAGGCCUAGGAACACCAACAUUUUCUCGUGUUUGCAUGAAAUAUUAUUGUACCAUCCUCGACAGUCAUCCUCGAUUUCUUGUACAUUCAUCUUUUCCUAGUUCAUUUUUUUUACCAAUAUAUCUUUAUGUAAUAUAAUUUUCUUGUGUAUAGUUAUAAUUCAUAGCAAAAGGUGUAGUGUGUAAGCAAUUGAGCUUUGUAUCCUAUCCAAUUUUGGUGGGGGCAAAGAACAGCACCAAUUUUUUUGUACUUUUUUUUGAGAAAUUAGGACAAAAGCAUAUUGGUUAUAUUGAAUGGUGUAAAUGUUUUGUGUAUUCUAUCCAAUUUAUAUUUGUAAUGAAAGAGGUAGCUAUGGGGUAUUGUUCUGAAGAUUUCUGAGAACAAAACACCA